CUGGCUACGCGAGACCGUCCACUACAACUUCCUCCAGCGAAGCGCCAUUUUCGGCGUCGUCACGGGACCAACAGCAUGCUGUUGUCAAACAGAUAAUAAGACUGGGAUAUUGUAUUGUACGACCUCUUUUUCAGUAUUCAUUGAAAGAUGGGACGAAAAAAGAAGAAGCAAAUGAAGCCAUGGUGCUGGUAUUGCAAUCGAGACUUUGAUGAUGAGAAGAUCCUCAUUCAGCAUCAGAAAGCAAAGCAUUUUAAGUGUCACAUUUGCCACAAAAAGUUGUACACUGGCCCGGGCUUGGCUAUUCAUUGCAUGCAGGUACACAAAGAGACGAUUGACAGUGUACCAAAUGCAAUUCCUGGAAGAACAGACAUCGAGCUGGAGAUUUACGGCAUGGAGGGAAUUCCAGAGAAAGACAUGCAGGAAAGAAGACGAACGUUAGAACAGAAAUCACAAGAGAGUCAAAAGAAAAAGUCAAACAAUCAGGACGAUUCUGAUGAGGACGAUGACGAUGAUGAAGCCGGACCGUCGGUUCAGCAGGUUGCUGGUAUCCAGCCCCAGCCAGGCUACGCGGCUCCGAUGGCUCAGCCUGGGAUACCACCUGUGGCUGGUGCACCUGGGAUGCCUCCUGGCGGAUAUCAAGGAAUGCCUCCUAUGAUGCCAGGUGUUCCUCCCAUGAUGCACGGCAUGCCUCCUGGUAUGCAUGGAAUGCCACCAGGCAUGAUGCCAAUGGGAGGGAUGAUGCCUCCAAUGAUGCCAGGGAUGCCUGGUAUUCCCCCAGGAAUGCCACCUCACAUGGCUCCGAGGCCAGGGAUGCCCCACAUGGCUCCAGCCCCCGCAGCAGGAGUGAUACCCAGUCGACCGGCAGUACCAGCAGCCCAGCCCGCCAUCACCAAACCUCUCUUCCCCAGUGCAGCACAGGCCCAGCAGAGCGCUUCAGGAGCCGCAGCCUCAAACUCCCACAGCACAGCCUCCUCCUCCGACCCACCCAAAGCAACAUUCCCUGCGUACACCCAGCCCUCUGUCUCUUCUUCCUCUUCCACUUCUUCUUCUAAUCCUUCUAGCAGCACUGUGGCCAAACCCCCAGCCACAGUGACCAGUAAGCCUGCCACCCUCACCACCACGAGUGCAACUAGUAAGUUGAUCCACCCUGAUGAGGAUAUCUCACUGGAGGAAAUGAGGUCCCAGUUACCCCGUUACCAGCGUCUUAUACCCAGGCCGGGCCAGGCCCAUGCGGCUGCUCCCCCAGUGGCGGCCGUGGGCGGCAUGAUGCCCCCGCAGCAAGGCCUGCCACCUCAGCAGCCUGGCAUGAGGCAUCCCAUGCAUGGUCAGUAUGGUGCUCCUCCUCAGGGCAUGCCAAGCUACAUGCCUGGAGGGAUGCCUCCAUAUGGGCAGGGUCCUCCUAUGGUGCCCCCUUACCAGGGAGGCCCUCCCAUGGGCAUGAGGCCGCCUGUCAUGUCUCCGGCUGGACGCUACUGAAGCAGCAAAGCAGCCACCACAUUAGGUUUGAGGUUAACACCUUUCUCUCAUCCUUGUGCUUUUUCAAACCUAGCUGCCAGCAAAGAGCAGUAAGACCAGUGGUGGUGAAGACAAAAUAAUUCAUUAGAACACAUGGACAUUAAAUGUAACAUCUUUAUUGGAAAAACAGCACAACACCACACAAGUUCCUGACAGCUAUCUUGUUGUUAUUUGAUUACAUGUGAGGAUAUAUAUUAUUUUUUUUUCCCAUAGGUUUCACUCAGGUUUAUAGAAGUGAAGUGUGUUAAAAUGAUUCAUAUUUCUUUUGAAGCUGCUGGAGUUACAUGAACGUACCAACCCCUUACAAAGGCAAGUUUAUCUUGUAAACAUUUGAUUCAUUUUUAUUUUGUUUCUUUUUUUGGUAGAUUGAUUGAGGCCCUCACAGCACGCGUAGGUGCUGUUGGACUUACGUCCCCAACCUUGGUUGGUGAGGGUCUCAGUGACGAAGAUGAUUCCAACUGAGUAGUGUUAAAAAAUCCAUGACUCAUCCGUGUCUCUAGCUUUAUUCUUAUUUCAGGUUUGUUUUAAUAUUUCCUGGUCAAAGGGGGUAACUGUAUGCAUCCUUUGUAAUGUUUUAUGAAACUGUUGUAAUAAAAUCCAUCUUGAAAUCCAA